AUGACUGUUAAAUUAAAAAUAAUUUCAGUUUUAAAUAAUUUAUUAAAUUAUAAUUUAUUAAUAAUUGAUUAUUAGAAAACAAAAAAUUAUCUAAAUUAUGUGUUAAAUUAACAACAAAUUCAUUUUACAGAUGGUGAUAUUGAAUUUAAAUAUGGAAUUGCUUUUUAAAAGAAUUAUUAAACAUUAUUGAAUAUAAUAUCUAAAAAUUUAUAAGAGAGCAAGUCUAAAAGAAUGCAAUCAAGAAUGAAUGAAUAAAAUUUAAUUAUUAUGACUCAUUUGAAUAGUUUUGAGUUUUAGUAAAAAGCAGAGAGUUGA